GUGAAAUUGACGUCACGAAAGUAAACAGGAGCAUGUCGCACAGACAGACUCAAGCCAGAGAAAUGAACGGUCAAGCGGACGUUGAAGUUGACUACAAGCGGAAGUACAAAAAUCUCAAACGAAAAUUGAAAUUUCUUGUUUAUGAACAGGAAUGCUUUCAGGAGGAGCUGAGGAGAGCACAGAGAAAGCUUCUUAAAGUUUCCAGGGACAAAAGCUUCCUUCUGGACAGACUGCUGCAGUAUGAGAGGGUCGAUGAAGACUCCUCAGAUUCAGAUGCAACAGUUUCUUCAGAAAAUAGUGAAGGAGAAGGCCCGAGAGAGAGGGAACGAGAACGAGAUGGAGCAAAGAAGCGAAGAAGUAGUCCUGGGGCGUGUCUUCCUUCAUCAUCUUCCCCUCAUCUCUCUCUGCUGGCCCGUCCUGGUGUAAAUCCCCUACAGUCGUCAGGCUCUGGGCCCUACCUAAACACUAUGCCCUUCCCACCAGAGUAUUUGGCUCCCCCAGCUGAGCGAAUGAAGAAAGAGAGAAAAACAAAGGCGCCUAAAAACAAGAAAGAGACUACGGGGAAGGUUGUUGCCCCAAUGGCAGCUAAUUACCCAUCAGCCACUGCAGCCCCUCCAGCAGCCAGUGGCCCCUUCAGCUGGGUUCCCAGACAGAUGCUUAGUGGAGAUGCAGCUGAGGAGGAGGGAGACAGCGAUGGAGACAGUGACAGAGGAGAUGAAGACAGAGGGGAGGGAGACGAGGCUGAACUAGUCAUUGACAUCCCUAAUGAGUGAGCCUGAGUGUGUGUUUACAUGUAUUUAUAAGCAGAGAGGUUGUACGUUUGUGUGUGCAGAGCAAGAGACAGAAUGACUUAGUGUAUUUUCUGUAUUCAUUCGCCCAUUUCACAUUUUCAAAAGAGGAGCAAAGCUCCCCCCUGUGGACUUUUGCUUAAUUGCGGUGUCAUUGUCAAAAAUAUCUCAGUAUUAUAUUAUGUAAUGUAAGAAUUAAGUUUGUGACAAAACUACAGCUUGCAAUUUUUAAGAAAAGUCCAUGACUGCUGGGAUGUCUGGACACUUGGCUUUUUACAGUCGCCUGCAGAUUAUUUUUUGUCUAAACAUUCAAGCAGUCUACAAACUGAGUACAACUAGGUGUGUCCUGCACAGAGAAAGCAUGUGUUUGUUAUUUGUUUUGCAUUGUGUAACUGCCAUUUAAGUUGUUUUAGUGUGAUAUAGAUGUUUCAAAUGUUAAUUCUUCUUUGCAGGUAGUUGUUAAACCUGACAUUUGUACUAUGUUAAUGUUUUUUUUUUGUUUUUUUUUAACAAAUGAUGAAAAAAAUCAAAGCUACACCAUGUUACUAGAGAUAUAUUAUUUUUGCACCUGAAAUUGUGUGUAUCAGAGAAUAAAAUGUAAAAUGUUA